AUGGAAGAAUAGCAAUCAUCAUAUCAAGCAGUUGAAUUGAUUGACCCACUCAUUUGGAUUGACUGCGAAAUGACUGGCCUCAAUCUCACCAAAAAUUAAAUCAUUGAAAUUGCAGUCAUAGUCACUGAUGGCAGCUUAGAUACUAUGAUUGAGGGUCCGUGCCUUGUAGUGAGAUGUCCCGAAUCUGACUUGUCUACUAUGGAUGAAUGGUGCACUUAGCAUCAUACAGAAUCAGGUCUUGUGCAGUAAGUCAGAGAUUCCAAGAUCACACUCCAAGAUGCUGAGCAAUAGAUCCUCGACUUCUUACAAAACACCUGUAACUUGAAAGGCUUUAAUGCACAACUAGCAGGCAAUUCAGUAGGUGAGGACAAACGUUUCUUAAGUAAAGAUAUGCCUCGUCUUCACGACUUCCUGCACUAUCGUGUAGUCGAUGUCAGUACUAUUUACGAAUGUAUGAGAAGAUGGCUGACUCCAGAAGAUGUACCCGAAAACAAGAAGAUUACCAAGCACAGAGCACUUGAUGAUAUUAAGGAGAGCAUAGCUUAGUUGAAACACUACAAGACUCACAUAUUUGAUAAAGUCAAGACAUUCAACCAGAGCAUUAAAAGUUAGAAUCUGGACGAAAGGCAAUGA